GAAGAACCGAGCACAGACACAGUUCCAGGAUGACAGCAGCCAUCUUGUGUCUCCUCCUGGCUGGUCCAGUGCUGCUGGUCGCUGGCAGCCCAGUUUAUAAAUCGGACAAUGGGACCGUACCACUGGUGCUGUGGCACGGGAUGGGUGACAGCUGCUGUAACCCUCUCAGCAUGGGAGCGAUAAAGAAGAUGAUCGAGGAGGACAUCUCCGGCAUUUAUGUGAUCUCACUGAUGAUUGGAAAGAAUGUCAUUGAGGACACAGAAAAUGGGUUUUUCUCGGACGUGAAUGAGCAGGUGUCCGCGGUGUGCAGUCAGCUGGCUCAGGACCCAAAGUUGAAGGGAGGAUACAAUGCUAUGGGCUUCUCCCAGGGGGCACAAUUUCUGCGAGCUGUGGCUCAGCGCUGUCCCUCUCCACCAAUGAAAAACCUGAUCUCCAUCGGUGGCCAGCACCAAGGAGUGUACGGGCUGCCCAGGUGUCCCGGAGAGAGCUCCCACAUCUGCGACAUGAUCCGUAAAGCUCUGAACAAUGGAGCGUACACCGACCUGAUGCAGAAACACCUGGUGCAGGCGCAGUACUGGCACGACCCUUUAAAUGACGACCUGUACAAGAAGCACAGCCGCUUCCUGGCCGACAUCAAUCAGGAGAGGGCUGUGAAUGAGACUUAUAAGAAGAAUCUUCAGCUGCUGGAGAAGUUCAUCAUGGUCAAGUUCCUGCAGGACACUGUGGUGGAUCCUGUUGAUACAGAGUGGUUCGGCUUCCUGAAAACUGGGCAGGCCAAAGAGACCGAGACCCUGCAGGACAGCGUCCUCUACAAAGAGGACCGUCUGGGCCUGGCUGCGAUGGACAAGGCUGGGAAGCUGGUUUUUCUGGCUUCGGAGGGAGACCACCUCCAGUUCACCAGAGAGUGGUUCAACACAAACCUGCUGCCUUAUUUACGCUGAAACCCUACCACUACGUCAUCUUAAAGUGAAUAUAACAUCAGACAACAAGUGAAGUUUCUGGAGCAAGAAGAUGAAAAUUAAGAGCAAAUGAGUGUAACAACCGGAGCCACAUAAUUCAUUCCUUUUGCACUGAUCAGUCGUCGCAUAUCGAUAUUGUUUUUGUGAUGCUUUGUUAAUUUUAGCAGCUAAUUUGUAAGCGGGUCUUCUGUUUUACUAACACUAGAAUGUGUUAUCUCCAACGUGAGUUCUUCUGAUGAGGUCAAAAUUAUUCUCAGAGAUGUUGAGACUUUAUUUUUUAACUUUUUUUCUGUUCCAACAGGCCAGCGUACCUCAUUUAACAGCAUCUGUACAUAAUAAAGACAAACCAAAAAAAGA